AUGAACAAGAAGUUUAUGUCCAGUGGGGUAUUCCAGUUUCUGGACGAGGUUUACGAGCAGGAUGGGCCUUUGGUAAGAUAUGGUGUCCUUGUGGGGAAGGGAGAGCUGAUCUUUGAUGAGACAUUGAUUACAAACAGGACAACCUUAUACAAUGUCCUCAAGAAGACGGAAAAGGGAAGAUAUUCCUCGGAUGGGCUGAUGGAUUGGUAA